AUGGCGGGGGAUCCCUCCUACCUAAACGGCACAGCCAACCUCUCACAACAAGUACCAAUUCAGACAACCGAGGCCGAGGUCCCUACCUAUACAAUCAUCCAAGCAGACGGCAUCUACCCUGACGACGCGGUAGAACAGGCAAUCUUCACCGCCAACCCACCGCACCCUUAUAAAUUGAACUAUGUCUCCACAGGGCUGUUCCCGACCGGCGCACCGCUGCCGAAACCGUGGUCCGCCAUCCCCAAGGACCUGAGGGACCGGGUGGACGGGAUCAUGGUGUUGAAGAUGGGAUUCACGGCCCAGGACGUGGAGCUGUUUCCGAGGCUGAAAGUUAUAGUCCGAAUGGGCGUUGGAUAUGAUCGACUCGACCGGGUCGCGCUGGCGAAAAAGGGCGUCACGGUCUGCAACGUGCCAGACUACGGCACCGCCGAAAUCGCAGACCACGCCUUAGCGCUAGCACUCAGCCUGCGUCGCGGCGUGCUCUUACACCACGACCGCCAGCGCCAGCCCUACGUCUAUCCCUGGAUGUACAUCGACAGUCCACUCGUAUCACGCAUCCAACAGGGCGCGAUAUUCGGCAUCCUCGGUUUGGGCAGGAUCGGCACCGCCGCAUGUCUCCGCGCAAAGGCCUUCGGGUGGAACGUGCUCUUCUACGACCCGUACCUGCCCAACGGGGUCGACAAAUCCCUGGGCAUCGAGCGCACCAAGGACAUUCGCGAGUUGUUUUCCCGAAGCACCAACCUGAGUAUCCACUGCGCCUGCACGCGCGAAACCCGCGGCAUGAUCGGUUGGGAUCUGUUGAAACUGAUGCCCCAGGGAGCCGUGCUGGUUAAUACCGCGAGAGGCGAGGUUUUGCAGCUCGACGCCGUCGAACGCGCCCUCAGAGAGGGCAUUCUGGCUGGCGCAGGGCUCGAUGUGCUUCCCGAAGAACCCAUCCCCGAACACAACGUCCAUCCUCUCAUCAAAGCCUACCGUGAAAAGGAAGAGUGGUUGCUCGGCAGGAUGGUUCUGACCUGCCACACGGCCUUCUACAGUCCCCAGAGCUUUGUGGAUAUCAGAGUCAAGAGCGCCCAGACCAUGCGUGAGGUUCUGAUCGACGGGUUGCAAAGUAAUGUCAUUACCCCGGAUAUGCUGUAG